UUCGACUUGACUAAAUUAAUUCAAUAACAUUGAUUCAGCGUGCUUUUUAUCAACUCAUAAUAACUGGUAAUCUUUCUUAGCUUCAGUUUGUAGAUACAGUUCUUUUAAUUAGCCAUCUACGAAAAUGAAACCUUCAAAAAGAUUCAACCAAAUCAAAGAGUUCCACCUGUCAAACGGGACUCUGUUUGCGGACGGGGAGUUCCCCGCCGCCGGGACCUCGAUAGACCUCAAGGAUCCCGAGGAGUGGGGUAAUGAGAAGGGUGUGACGUGGAUGCGACCCAAGGAACUCUUCGCCAAACCGGCGAUGUUUAUCGGAGGCGCCGAGAGCGGUGAUGUUGUGGCUGGCGAAUGCGGCAGCUCGAAAGUGGCAGCUGCUCUGUCCAGUCUCCCCGAAGACGAGGAGAGCUUCGCGAAAGUGUGUCCUCAGAAUCAGGGCUUCAAGAAAGGAUACUGCGGUGCAUUCCGCUUCAACUUCUGGCAGUUCGGCCAGUGGGUCGAAGUCAUAAUCGACGACAGACUUCCAGUUAGGGACGGCAAACUCCUCUUCUGCAGGUCCAAUGAUGAGGGGGAAAUGUGGCCUGCGCUAGUUGAAAAAGCAUACGCCAAGUUAUUUAACGGCUACAUGUCUUUCAAGAAGGCCAGAUUAGGCGAAGUUCUGAUCGACCUCACAGGUGGAACUCUGGAAACUAUUAAGCUGAAGAACACGCCAAAACAGUUGCACAAGCGAAUAGGCAAAAGCAUAGACUCCGGCAAACUUCUAUCUUGCAUUGUCAAACCUGACGGCGAGAAUAAGGACGAAAACGUGCAGGGAUUAGUGAAGGGUAGAGUUUAUUCGGUCACUGGAACCGCCACGGUAGGAGAUGGGGAAUCUGGAAUACCUCUAGUUAAACUGCGGAACCCAAUGCAUGAUAAACUGGAAUGGACCGGUGCCUGGAGCGAUGAUUCUCCCCUCUGGGAAUCCGCUCCUGAGGGAACAAAGGAGAAACUAGGAACCCAGACUGCCAAAGACGAUGGCGAGUUCUGGAUGUCCUAUGAAGACUUUUGCGCCCAGUUCACAAGACUGGCAAUUUGUCAUACAAAGGUUCCGGCAAAAAACAAGACGGAGUUUGACGGAUCUUGGGUGGCUGGGCUAUCAGCUGGAGGAAAAGAGGAUCCGGAAGGAUUGAACCCCCAGUACAGGAUUGUAAUUAAAGACGUGAACUCUGACGGAAAGUGCCGAAUCACUGUUUCCCUGAUGCUUAAAACUUCAAAAGCUUUCAAAAACAAUCACAUUGCCAUCGGCUACAAAAUUUACCCGAUAAACGAUGAAGCGGCAAAUUACAUGGAAUUCGGAUUCAAACUGUCGGCACAAUAUUUCAAGGACUUCAAGCCGAUAUUCACUUCGGCAGGCGGGAAACACCAGAAGAUGCGGGAGGUUUGCGCGUCGACCAAAAUACCAGGCGGCGAGUACGUUAUUGUUCCCAGCACCGAGAAACCAGACAUCAACGCUGACUUCUACUUGAGAGUAGUUAUGAAAUACCCUGCUAAUCACAAACACAAUGUAGAGUUGAAAAUGCCACUUAGAAUGAAAGGCGGAAGGGUCAAGCAGAUGUCAAACUACGCCAACGAAGAUAACGAAGAACUGCUGAAACUGAAGAAGAAGUUCGACAAAGUGGCGGGCGAAGAUUGUGUCAUUUCUGUUCAAGAAUUGUGGGCUCUUAUCAAAGUGAUGAGCAAAGACAUUAGCAGCGAAGAGGCGGAGGUUGAGCAUUCGUUUGCUUUGAUGGCGCUUUUCGACGUUGAUGGGAGCGGACACUUGGAUUUCCAGGAGUUCCUGAAUCUAAACCGAUUCUUCAAAAAAUGCGUUAACAUCUUCACAAAGAACUGCGCAGACAAAACUAGCAAAGAUAUGACAUCUUUGGAGCUGGAAAAGGCUCUGUUUGCCUUGAAAAUUAGCAUCCCGAGAAAAAUCCUGGGAAUGGCAGUUACACGAUACGGCGAUGAGAAGAAACGGACUGUUUCGUUCAUGGAUUUUCUGCUGAUAGUCUGCAAAUUCAAGGUCAUCAUGGGCGCAAGUCAAGAGGAUCCGUCAGGGGAAAAAUUGGUGAUGGCUGCUCUCAUUAUGUGAAAUUAGAAAUCAACCUCACCAAACUAGCACUUGGGUUUGUUCUCAAUUUUUGUAUAUAAAAACGGUUUGUAAAUAGUUUUGCACAUUUUCCAGGAUAUACUUUAUGAACUUUGUAUUUAAUUCGUGGCUAAGAAUAUAAAUUUUUAUUAACA